GAUAUGGCAAUGGUAGUUAGCAGCUGGCGAGAUCCGCAGGACGACGUGGCCGGGGGCAACCCCGGCGGCCCCAACCCCGCAGCGCAGGCGGCCCGCGGCGGCGGCGGCGGCGCCGGCGAGCAGCAGCAGCAGGCGGGCUCUGGCGCGCCGCACACGCCGCAGACCCCGGGCCAGCCCGGAGCGCCCGCCACCCCCGGCACGGCAGGGGACAAGGGCCAGGGCCCGCCCGGCUCGGGCCAGAGCCAGCAGCACAUCGAGUGCGUAGUGUGCGGGGACAAGUCGAGCGGCAAGCACUACGGCCAAUUCACCUGCGAGGGCUGCAAAAGUUUCUUCAAGAGGAGCGUCCGCAGGAACUUAACUUACACAUGCCGUGCCAACAGGAACUGUCCCAUCGACCAGCACCACCGCAACCAGUGCCAAUACUGCCGCCUCAAGAAGUGCCUCAAAGUGGGCAUGAGGCGGGAAGCGGUUCAGCGAGGAAGAAUGCCUCCAACCCAGCCCAAUCCAGGCCAGUACGCACUCACCAACGGGGACCCCCUCAACGGCCACUGCUACCUGUCCGGCUACAUCUCGCUGCUGCUGCGCGCGGAGCCCUACCCCACGUCGCGCUACGGCAGCCAAUGCAUGCAGCCCAACAACAUCAUGGGCAUCGAAAACAUCUGUGAGCUGGCCGCGCGCCUGCUCUUCAGCGCCGUCGAGUGGGCCCGCAACAUCCCCUUCUUCCCGGAUCUGCAGAUCACCGACCAGGUGUCCCUGCUACGCCUCACCUGGAGCGAGCUGUUUGUGCUCAACGCGGCCCAGUGCUCCAUGCCGCUGCACGUGGCGCCGCUGCUGGCAGCUGCCGGCCUGCACGCCUCGCCUAUGUCCGCCGACCGCGUCGUGGCCUUCAUGGACCACAUCCGCAUCUUCCAGGAACAGGUGGAGAAGCUCAAGGCGCUGCACGUCGACUCGGCCGAGUACAGCUGCCUCAAAGCCAUCGUGCUGUUCACAUCAGAUGCCUGUGGCCUGUCGGAUGCCGCCCACAUCGAGAGCCUGCAGGAGAAAUCGCAGUGCGCGCUGGAGGAGUAUGUGAGGAGCCAGUACCCUAACCAGCCCAGCCGCUUUGGCAAACUCCUACUGCGGCUGCCCUCGCUGCGCACCGUGUCCUCCUCGGUCAUUGAGCAGCUCUUCUUCGUCCGCUUGGUAGGUAAAACCCCCAUCGAAACUCUCAUCCGCGAUAUGUUACUGUCUGGGAGCAGCUUCAACUGGCCUUACAUGUCCAUCCAGUGCUCCUAGACCUUGGGCACUUCCCGCCUGUUCCCCCAACCCCAUCCCCUAGAGACUCAGAGGACCAGCAGGGGCUAUGGACUCCAAAACUUCCGGAACACCAGGCGCUGACGCAGGGUGUGGCAGCUGGGCAGGCCAGGCAAUGGGGAGGAGGGCCAGGGGGAAAAGAGCAGCCCACCCUGCAGAUGCAACGCGAGCUGCAAACAAGGAGAAAAAGAGACUUUUUAGAAUCAGAUCUGUGAACACGUUGGAGGAAAAAAAAAAAAAAGGACCCUUGCGUCUGGUGAGAAAAAGAAAAAAAUAUUGGAAGAGAGGACCAUGAGACUUUUAAUAAAACUAAAGGAGACUAAUGGACCUUCCAGGAUUUAUUGUGGACGGAUGUGGAUAUAUUCUGUACAGAAAAUAACACACAUGGAAGUGGACUGAAUUCUAUGUAGAAACACCCCCCAAACAUUGUUAUUCAUUUUGUAAAAUACUAGUCUUUAUUUUCAUUUUUUGUAAAAUUUAAACAUCGUAUGCACAUAAAAAAGGAAACAAGAAUUAGGGGAAAAUAACAUUUUCCAAAUAAUUAUUAAAAAAAUUGUCCUGUGUCUAUGUAUCUAUAUCUGUUUUGUAUUUUUUUCUGGUUCCAAACCAGAUUUCCUGUGAUUCUAUACUAAUAAUUUUUGAUAUAACCCUUUGCUUCUUAUAAUGAGUGCGAUAUAUGUUGUCAAGGCUGUUCUUCAAGAAUUAAAAUUGAAGUGAAAAUUUAAACAAAAAAAUAAAAGAAUUUAGCAAAA